UCUAUAAAAGGCUCAACACAAUGUACAGUUUACCUCAUCGGUUCGUACAGUUUGUGGUUUCAGUUGAGCUUUAAUACCCGAGACAGACAUACACCCAAUCAUGAGGCAAAUUUUUUAUUUCUGCGUAUUGGCAGUGUUUGUUCCAUUUUCGUAUGGAAAUAACGAAGCUGUAACGGAAUUUCCACCAAUGACCGGUGGCACUGCUAAAAUGAGAGCUGAAAUUCGUAAGUCAAUAUUUGCUGACUAUGACAAGCUCAACAUACCAGACAACCCAAACGUGAAAUUCGGAUUAACAAUUACCAACCUCGAUGUGGAUGAAGAAAAGCAAACUCUGGAAGCAGACAUCUGGUUGAAAAUGAUGUGGACGGACGAUCGUCUAAAGUGGGACAGUGAGACUGGUGUAGAAGCUCUUCGCAUUGGAUCAGAUGAAAUUUGGAAGCCAGAUAUCACCCUAUACAACAGUGCAAAUCCUGGUGAGAUGAUGACCUGUACGAACACAAUGGCAUUGAUCUAUGCACAAGGAAUGGCAUUGUGGGUACCACCGUGUCGCAUCAGCGCCUACUGUAACAUGACACUGGAAGAACAUCCGCUCGGCGAGCAAAGUUGUAAAUUGAAGUUUGGCUCCUGGGUUUAUGACGGUUUGUCCAUGAACCUCGAAUUGGAUGGGAAACCAAAGGCUGAUAUCAGCGUUUACAUGGGCAAUAAGUGGGAGAUUACCAAAAACACAGCCACUCGCAAGGAUACCUACUAUCCGUGCUGCAAGGAGCCGUACACCAAUUUGAAUUACAAUUUGUCAUUCAAACGGAAGAUUAACAGAAAUGUAUGCGAGAGGGCUUGAACCGUCAAAAACGACAAUCGUAAUAGUUCCAUUUAAAUGACCUAAUAAAAGUAAUAGUUUAGCAGUAUAUCAGAAAGCA